AUGACAUAUGAUAGAGCAAUAACAGUUUUUAGUCCAGAUGGUCAUUUAUUACAAGUAGAACAUGCCUUAGAAGCAGUUAAAAAAGGUGGAUGUGCAGUAGCAAUAAAAAGUUCAAAUUUUGCAGUUUUAGCUGUUGAAAAAAAAAAUAUUCCUAAAUUACAAAACCCCAAAACAACAGAGAAGUUAAUAAAGUUAGAUGAGCAUAACUGCUUAGCUUUUGCUGGAUUAAAUGCAGAUGCAAGAGUGUUAAUUAAUAAGACACGUUUGGAAUGCCAAAGAUAUUAUUUAAAUAUGGAUGAACCUGCUCCAGUUGACUAUAUUGCAAAAUAUGUUGCAAAAGUUCAACAAAAGUUUACUCAUAGAGGUGGUGUUAGACCAUUUGGAAUUGCAACAUUAAUAGUUGGAUUUAAAAAUAAUAAAGAAAUAUGUAUAUAUCAAACUGAACCAAGUGGAAUAUAUGCCUCUUGGAAAGCUCAAGCUAUUGGAAAAAAUGCAAAAACUGUACAAGAAUUUUUAGAAAAAAAUUAUCAUGAAAAUAUGGAACAAAAUGAAUGCAUUCUUUUAGCAUUAAAAGCUAUAUUUGAAGUUGUUGAAUUAAGUAGUAAAAAUGUUGAAGUUGCUUUACUAACAGAAAAGGAAUUAUGUUUUAUUGAUGAACAACAAAUUAAUUUAUUGGUUGAAGUCAUUGAACAAGAAAGGACAAAGAAGAGCUCACAAAAUGAAUGA